AUGUCCAAAGUCACAGUAAACGAGAUCUUCCUAUACAUUCCCAAUCUCAUUGGUUACUUCAGGAUAAUAGCAGCUGUAUUGUCUUUUUUGUGCAUGAAGAACCACCAGCUUCUCACCCUCAUCUUUUAUGGUAUAUCAGGAUUUUUGGAUGCCUUCGAUGGCUAUGCAGCUAGAAAGUAUAACCAGGGAACUAGAUUUGGCGCCGUGUUGGACAUGGUCACUGACAGAUGCGCUACUUCGUCGUUGAUCGUGUACUUGGGCACCCUUUACCCCAAAUAUACCUUUUUCUGGCAACUUCUCGUAUCGUUAGAUUUGGCUUCUCACUACAUGCACAUGUAUGCCAUGUUGAGUUCAGGCUCCACUUCUCACAAGAACGUCGACUCUACCCAGUCUAGGAUUUUAUCGUUGUACUACACAAACAGAACAGUCUUGUUCUUUGUUUGCCUUGCAAACGAGGUAUUCUACGUAGCCAUCUACUUGCACUACUACAACUGGUUCUGGUUGGGCACCUUCAUGGUUUAUUUGAACGCUCCCAUCUGGUUAUUCAAGCAGUACACCAACGUCGUUCAGUUGAAGAGUGCAUCACUCAUUUUGGCUAGAAUGGAUGCCGAAGACAAAUCGAAGUCUAAGUCCACAUAG